AUGAUAUAAUAGAAUAACUAUUUUGAAGAUCUAUAAUAAUUUUUAAGCUCUUCACUUUAAUCAUUCUAGGAUCUCCACAUUAAUCUGAAUUAGUUUUAUUAAAUUUGUGUAAAUGGUGCAAUAGAUUUAGGUUCUGGUUUAGGAAAAUGCACUAAUCUCUCAAAUUUGACACUUUAACUAAGGGAAAAUUUAAUUGGUGAUAAAGGUGCAUCAGGAUUAAGCUCUGGUUUAGAAAAGUGCACUAAUCUCUCAAAUUUGAAGCUUGAUCUAUCUUUUAAUGAAAUUGGUCAUCUUGGUGUAUCAGAUUUAGCUUCUGCCUUAGUAAAGUGUACUAAUCUCUCCAAUUUGACACUUGAUCUCAAGUAUAAUCAAAUUAAUACAGUUGGUGUAUCAAGCUUAAGUUAUGGUUUAGGAAAUUGCACUAAUCUCUCAAAUUUGGCACUUGAUCUAACUAAAAAUGAAAUUUGUGAUGAAGGUCUAUCAGGAUUAGGUUUAGGCUUAGGGAAAUGCAUUAAACUCUCAAAUUUGACACUUGAUCUAAGUUUUAAUUCAAUUCGUGCAAUCAGUGCAUCAGACUUAUGUUCUGGCUUAGAAAAAUGCGCUAAUCUCUCAAAUUUGACGCUUAUAAUUUUUGAAAAUUUUAUUGGUGAUGAAGGUGCAUCUGAAUUAGGUUUUGGAUUAGGGAAUUGUACUAAUCUUUUGAAUUUAACACUUGAUCUAAGGGGUAAUGAAAUUGGUGCAACUGGUGCAUCAGAUUUAGCUUCUGGUUUAGGAAAGUGCACUAAUCUUUAAAAAUUGACACUUGAUCUUAUGUCUAAUGAAGGACUUUAUCUAAGGAAUAAUUAUUAAAUUGGUGCAAUUGGUGCUUCAAGCUUAGGUUAUGGUUUAGGAAAGUGCACUAAUCUCUCAAUUUUGACACUUUAUCUAAGGGAAAAUUAAAUUGGUAAAGAGGGCGCAUCAGGCUUAGGUACUGGUUUAGCAAAUUGUACUAAUCUCUCAAUAUUGACACUUGAUCUAAAGUGUAAUCAAAUUGGUGCAAUUGGUUCAUCAGAAUUAGUUUCUGCUUUAGGAAAGUGCACUAAUCUCUCAAAUUUGACAAUUGAUUUAUGGGAAAAUUAAAUGGGUGACGAAGGUGCAUCAGGAUUAGGUUUUAGCUUAGGGAAGUGCACUAAUCUCUUAAAUUUGACACUCUAACUAAAUAAUAAUAAAAUUGGUGCUAUUGGUGCAUCGAAUUUAUGUUCUGGUUUAGUAAAGUGCACUAAUCUUUCAAAUUUGACACUUUAUCUAUGUUCUAAUGAAAUUCAUGCAAUUACUGAAACAGAUUUACAUUUUGGUUUAGGAAACUGCACUAAUCUCUUAAAUUUGGAAAUUGAUCUUAGUUUUAAUUAAAUUGGUGCAACUGGUGUAUCUGGCUUAGGUUAUGAUUUAGGAAAAUGCACUAAACUCUCUAAUUUGACACUUAAUCUAGCGUAUAAUAAAAUUGGUUUAAUUGGUGCAUCAAAUUUAGGUUCUGAUUUAUUAAAGUGCACUAAUCUUCAAAAAUUGACACUUGAUCUAAGAGAAAACUAAAUCUAUGAAUCAUAAUAGAUUAAUGCAAAGUGCCUUAAAUUAAAAAGACUAAUUACCUUAAAUAUUGAUCUUAAAUAUUGA